AGGGUAGAGAGAUAAGAACAAUCCACGUCGGUCUGAUGGUGCGCACUACGCCGUUAAACAUUCUCAAAAACAAAACCCUCUCUCCAGUCUCCAGGUUACGAAUGGAAACUGAAAAGUGGAAAGUGGAAACCUCUCCCCAGUCUGGAACUCAGAUUAUAUAUGCGUGAACCAAAAUCAUCUUUGUAUCAAUCCAGUUCACGUAGACCUCGUGCUCGGAUCUUCGAAGCGCAAUUUUUCUCGCUGAUUUUCUGUCGUUUUCUCGGUGUUCAGUCAAUGGCGAUGGAGGAUAGCGAGAGCUGUGGCAGCCGAGUGGUGGAAUCGCCGGCGGCGAACUCGCGCCAGCGGAGGAGGAAGCUGGAGGUCUACAAUGAGGUUCUCCGAAGGCUCAAGGAAUCAAACAAACCGGAAGCGAGAGAGCCUGGUUUCGACGAUGAAUUGUGGGCGCAUUUCAAUCGCCUUCCUACUCGAUAUGCACUUGAUGUAAACGUGGAGAGGGCAGAAGAUGUUCUUAUGCAUAAGCGCUUACUGCAAUUGGCCCGUGAUCCUGCUAAUAGGCCUGUUUUUGAAAUUCGGCUAGUGCAGGUUCCCCCUGUUUCUGAUGGAAAUACAGCUGAUUCUGCUUGUUCAAGCUUUCCAACGAGUGAAGGUCCCCGAAGCCUCCAUCCGCCACCUGCCUUUGGUUCAUCUCCAAACCUUGAAGCCCUUGCACUUGAAGCAAACAAAUCUCAAGCUCAAGAUAGGGAUAGUGCUGUUUCCCAUGUACAGAACCCCCGGCCUUUGCAUGAGAUUACAUUUUCAACAGAUGACAAGCCAAAGCUCCUUAGUCAGUUGACUGCUUUGCUAGCUGAGGUUGGGUUGAACAUCCAGGAAGCACAUGCCUUUUCUACAGUAGAUGGGUACUCCUUGGAUGUGUUUGUUGUUGAUGGUUGGCCUUAUGAGGAAACUGAGCAGCUCCAGAAUGCAUUAGAAAAGGAAGUGUUUAAGAUUGAGAAUCAUUCUUGGCUAAACCAUCGUCUUCCAUCUUCUACAUCUGGGAAGGAGGAGACGGGAAUCAAAGGUGAACCUGAUCAUUUGACAAUACCAACUGAUGGGACUGAUGUAUGGGAAAUUGAUCCCAAACUUCUGAAUUUUGGGACUAAAAUAGCAUCUGGAUCAUAUGGUGAUCUAUACAAAGGUACAUACUGUAGUCAGGAAGUGGCUAUCAAAGUCCUUAAGCCUGAGCGUGUGGAUUCAGACUUACAGAAAGAGUUUGCCCAAGAAGUUUUUAUUUUGAGGAAAGUUCGCCACAAGAAUGUUGUACAAUUCAUAGGCGCAUGCACUAAACCUCCAAGCUUAUGCAUUGUUACAGAAUAUAUGUCUGGUGGAAGUGUGUAUGACUAUCUCCACAAACAGAAGGGUACUUUUAAAUUACCAUCUUUGCUAAGAGUAGCUAUUGAUGUAUCAAAGGGUAUGAACUACCUACACCAGAAUAAUAUAAUUCACAGAGAUUUGAAGGCUGCCAAUCUUCUGAUGGAUGAGAAUGAAGUUGUUAAGGUGGCUGAUUUUGGAGUUGCUAGAGUGAAAGCUCAAUCUGGGGUUAAGACAGCAGAAACUGGGACAUAUCGUUGGAUGGCUCCUGAGGUUAUAGAACACAAUCCCUAUGAUCACAAGGCUGAUGUUUUCAGCUUCGGAAUUGUGUUGUGGGAGCUCCUAACUGGAAAGCUUCCCUAUGAUUAUUUAACCCCAUUACAAGCGGCCGUUGGAGUGGUUCAAAAGGGUCUAAGGCCUACUAUCCCAAAGAACACUCAUCCAAAACUUGCUGAUCUGCUUGAGAGAUGCUGGCAGCAGGACCCAACUUUAAGACCUGACUUCUCUGAAAUAACAGAGAUCCUGCAGCAAAUAGCAAAGGAGGUUGGAGACGAAGCCGAGGAUCGGCGCAAAGAGAAAUCAUCUGGGGGGUUCCUUUCAGUCCUCAGACGGGGACAUCACUAAAUGAGGGUGGAUAUAAUGUGAAUACCGGUAAUACACAAGAGCUAAUCGUGGGCCAUUCCCACCCGGUCUUUUUCAUCUCUGCAAUGUAUAGUGUUUGUUCUCUUGAUCUCUCUAUUGACUUUCUGGUGUUUCCUUUUCUGUUUAGUUUCAAUAAUACUGAAGAAGAAACUUUUAAUUCACUUAACCAAAUAACUUCCUCAUUUGCCCCACCACAGCAUCAACUUCCUAAUCCUUGGCGGCGGCGGGGGGGAGAUGAUGAGCAGUGUAAUUGUUUGCAAUUUAAUGCUUGGGAUAUCUGUAGGAGUUGCCAGUACUAAAACCUUUCUGCCUUGACUUGUUUUUAUUUCAAAAGCAUAGUGUUAAUGGGCU